AUGGUUGAAACAUUCAGUUUUGCUCAUUUGGCUUAUUUGGUCUUUGAGUCCGUUUUACAGGUUGUCAUCAUCGCACUGGCUGGGUUUUGGAGUGCAAGUACUGGUUUGUUGCCCAAACAAAGUCAAAAAAUCAUCUCGUUGCUGAAUGUGGAUCUUUUUACACCAUGUCUUAUCUUCAGUAAAUUAGCCAAAUCACUAUCCAUGGCCAAAAUCCUCGAAAUAGCCGUUAUCCCAAUUUUUUUUGGUUUGACUACUGGUAUUUCAUUUAUAUCUGGUAAAUUGAUGGGCCAUAUUCUGAGCUUAGAUAAAGAUGAAACGAAUUUUGUGGUGGCGAACUCUGUCUUUGGGAACAGUAAUUCGUUGCCCGUGUCCCUGACAUUAUCUUUAGCAUAUACUCUUCCCAACCUAACUUGGGACCAAAUCCCUAAUGAUAACAGAGAUAAUGUCGCAUCAAGGGGGAUUCUAUACUUGCUGAUUUUUCAACAAAUUGGCCAAAUGUUGAGAUGGAGUUGGGGCUAUAAUAAAUUAAUGAAAUGGUCCGGAGAGAACACUCAACAUAUGCCACCAUCUCAAGUGCAAUCUUUAUUGGAGAGAACACCCAAUAUUGAUAACGAAGAAAUUGUCAAUGAAGAACAAGAAGAACAGGAGCUUCUUGAACAAGAGAAUAGUCGUUUGAAUUCAUCUUUUUUGAGUUCAAGUUCCAUCGGUGACAAAAUCUGGCAAAAGUCAUGUGCUAUAUUUGAACGGAUCAGAGCAAACUUGAACCCUCCAUUAUACUCCAUGAUUUUUGCAAUUAUUGUGGCUGCCAUUAGUCCAUUGCAAAAAGAACUAUUCAUGGAGGAUGGCUUCAUCAAUAACACUUUUGCUGAAGCUGUUGCACAACUGGGUUCCGUAUCCAUUCCAUUGAUUCUUGUAGUCCUUGGCUCCAAUUUAUAUCCCUCCGCUGAAGUUUUUCCCAAGACAAUUCACCAUAACAAAUUAUUGAUUGGUUCCAUAAUUGGCAGAAUGAUCUUACCUUCGUGCUUUCUUCUGCCCAUCAUAGCUAUUGCUGUCAAGUACAUUAAUGUGAGUAUUUUAGAUGAUCCAAUCUUUCUUGUUGUCGGAUUUCUUUUGACUGUUUCCCCUCCUGCCAUUCAACUAACUCAAAUUACUCAAUUAAACGAAUUUUUCGAGGCUGAGAUGGCUGACAUUCUGUUUUGGGGGUAUGCAGUUUUAAGUUUGCCCGUAAGUAUUAUUGUUGUCUCAGGGGCAAUCUACGUUUUACAAUGGGCUAAUCCAACUUAA